AUGAGUUCGAAGCUGCAUGCCGUGUUUAUGAUGCAAAAUUCAGAAGUACACUGGAUAUCACGGUUACCAUUCUGGCUACUCCUCAUUCUGCUCAGCGAAGGAACAUCCCUAAAAUGCGACGAGAGGUCGACAUCUUGUUCAUCUUCUUUAUCAGACACCUUAUACUGCCAAGCUGCAGACAUUGUGUUCGAUGUAGGAGGCCACACUUUACGAACUUACGGAGAAGCCGCAAGCGAAGAACCCUUGUGCCGAGCAGCCGAAACCUGGCAGCUAAUGUCCAAAAGGAAAGAAGACGCAAGCUUGCUUGCGUGCGACCAAAUCUUCGAAAAGGGACACUUUUUCACGCUUCGCCGAGGCAGAAGUACACCGAGCCUGCUCAGAAACACACUCUUACCUCUGCUCCACAUUCUCUAUGGCCCAUCUACAUCUGAAGAGGUGGACGGCACUGUGUUGCUGCCAGGGAUUCAAGGAGCAGAUGAUGGGAAAAUUGACUGGGACGCAGAAGAGUUCCUGGAUUCAAUGAGGCCUGAAAACCAGAUGAUUCAGGGCUUAGCGGGACCGCACAGUGUUCUACCGCUUGAUAAACGCCUCUCGGCUGUCAACAAGACCAUCUGCUUCCGGAAGGCAAGUUUUGGGAUACCGAUCACAGAUGCCUCCGACCCAAAACUCGUCUCGGCAUUCGUGAGCCGGCUCCGCGGAAACCUCGGACUGAAAACUCCAAAGACGCACCUGGGGUCGAAGCCUCGAGUGGGGCUGGCGUUGAAUUUCGGUGGAGCGAACAAGGAUAUCAGUAUGCCAUACUGGAACCGAGCUGUCAAAGAGAUUGUCAAUUUUGCCGAAGUGGUUGGAAUCAACUACAACAAGCUGUCGUUGGAGGAGCAGAUUUCACAAAUGCAAGGACUCAAUGUUUUGGUGGUGGCUGCGGACAACACAGAGGCAUUGAUGGGAGCCCUUUACCUGCCCCCAUGGGGAGUGACCGUCUUGCUUCCUGGAUCCAACGUCAAACAAGACACGAAGGAAGUCCUGCACCUUCUGGAAACCUCCGGUCGCUUUCUUGUGCACGCCCCUCGGCCCCCACCCGCCACCAGCGCAAACGAAGUUGUUCGUUCGGACGAUGAAGCGGCGACAGCGAUAGUGCAAGUCAUCCAGAAAGCAGUCGGUCUUUCGCAACAUCCAUCUUAAUUAACCGAGCACGUGCACAUUUCGUUCGGUCAGAUUUAUAAUUCCGGUGCUGGCCGAAAGGGACCACAAAACAAUGGUACCGGGCUCAAACUUUACCGAGCUGUGCACAACCAACCAAAGUGCAAAUUAUGAUAAGAACGACCUGGGAAGAGGAAUUGGGAUAAGAGCCAAUGUUUCGCUUAGAAGAUUAGCUUUUUUGGGGCAUAGUACUAACACAAGCGUACCAACAUGUGCGAGCUGCGAUUGUCUCGAUUCACUUGCUGUGUAACUUCAAUAGUGCAGUGGUGGACCAUUUGUUUUCAUCUCUUCUCGAAAGGUUACCAAUGCGAUAGUGAGGCUUGCGGCCACCUUUACCGCAGCUGAAUGCGGCACAUUGAUUAGACACAAAUGGUCUGUCGAUGCUCGGCGGAGUGGGGUCUCGUGUCCAGUUGGUGUUGUGAUAAGAUUUGCCAGGCUCUUGCGAUGUAUGCGACAUGCCACAUGCUCGAUGCAUUGCCAACCCAGACACGCGGUUGCGAUUGACGUCGAUGACGGCAGACCACAACAUCGGUUGUUCUGGCCAAGAGUUGAAAUUUCUGCUGCGGGAUAACAGUUCUUUGCACAACCACUAGCAAGUGGAGAAAAAGCGACGCGAGUGGAAGAGCGUCGGAAAUACAUUCUAGACAGUGUUUCCUGACGAGUAAACAAAACUGCUUCAGGGCCCCUUUGCUGUAAGGUAAAAAGCAGUGCCUUGGCUGGCUUGCAUCGUUUCCGACUAGGGUUGAUACUGCUGAAUUUUACAGCUAGUGCACAGAGGAAGAGUACACUUUACAUAGCCGACUUGUUAGAUACGCUAAUGUGACAGCAAUGACCUGCAACAUAAUUGCACCUGGUUCUGCGAAACAAACAGAAAUUGUGCCGAUUUGGCACUUUCCCCGUUUGAUUGUGGAUCCCCUGACCUGUGGCUACUUCUUUUGAACAACUUUUAGUGCUUGUCGCCGACAUUGUCAUAAUCCAACGUGUCUUUCGUAACAGACAUCUCGUGGAGCUUUCUUGAUAAUGCAGGGGGGGGGGGGGGGGGGUUGUUUUUGUAGUCUAUUACAAGACUGGCCAUCUCUGGAUGAGAGUACGCAUUUGUAUGGCACCUGCCUGAUAGACGAGUCAUGCAAUCCAAACUCCUGGCGAUAUGGAAAAAAAAAAAAGAAGACUUCUUUUAAAUAUUAGUUAAUGGAAUUCUUAGAAAAGUAGUAUAAAACAUUUCCAGCCAUCACAAAUGCAUAAAAAAAAAAUCAUGUGUUUCGUGUAACUUUAAUUCUGCCAACAUGGGUGCAAUAGUGUGGAAAGUACACAACUUACUUUUGUUUUAGUAUCACUGUGCCUUGUUUGAUGAUACUCAUUUUUCUGUUUUUAUGUUUGCUCAUUUACCUUUGUUGGUAAAAUUUUGAAUUGUGACAGAAGUUUGCCUUCUAGCACUAGCUGAUGAGAUUUUUUAUUUAUUUUUUGUUUCCUUUGCGUUCUUAUUGAAAAUGUGUACUCAGGAACUUGGAACGUUUUUUGUAGCACUUUGUUUGUAGCAAUUGUUUUUGUUUACAUGAAGGUUCCACACACUGCAAGAAGUAUACUUACAGACUCUUGUCUUUAUAAACCUUUACCAUUUACAGACCUCCGAGCGUGUCACAUUUUACGAACCAUUUUACAGUUCCUUGUACUACAUAGGCAUGCACAGAUCACAUACCCGUAAAUAAAGACUCUACACAAGACUUUUGUAUUCCUUCCUUUAAAUAAAGAACUGCACAAAGUUGUAACUACAAAUCAGUUACUCAUUCCACGCUUCUGAAAUCUUUCGCCUUCCGUGCAUAGGACAACCCUCCCGCUGCACCCAAGCUUUAAAAAUAAAUUCCACCUCAAUUGCACACCACGCAAAAGUAAUUAAAGCUAAGCUCGCGUGCCUCCUAAUAUCUAGGAAGGCGGGCUGAUUACGGCCCACAGAAAAGCACGAUAAACCUGCAAGCACACAGUUCCCAAGAAACCUGGUACGCAUAAAAUUAUAAUUAGCCAGUUAAAACAAACAACGAAAAGGGGUCGCCGCUGGUAAAGAGCGAGAACGGAAACCUUCCGUAAGCCUCGGUUUGCCAGCCGACAAUCCGCAAAGAGGCUCGGCCGACCAAGAAGCCGAGUCGCUAAACGUUGGCCACUGCCCCAAGGCUUCUGGAAGGCUCCUCUUCAAACGAAACAAGCUGUACUUUGUUUCGUCGUAACUUUCCAAAGAGCGAAACGUUGCGGCCCCUACGAGCCAAUCGGAGCGACGGAGGUCGAGCACGUCACGGCCCUUACCAGACGUACAGGGGCAAGAGUAAUCCGAGCAACUGGAGAGGAGGGGAAAGGGAAACUCCCUCUUACCCGGACCUUCUUUUGUAUGUCCCAGACGCCGCUUUUGUACCCUUCCGUGAUUAGUCUGUGACUCGGAAUACGUACGAAAGCAGCUUUCCCCUCUUCCGCUCGUGGCUUUAACAGCACUUCGUGCUUCGACGCGCAGAGUGGCUCACUGGGACCAUAGUCUUUGCUGUCUGCAAAGUGACGAGACGGAGUAUAGUAGUUUGUCCUUACAACGCAUAUCUAAACUCAUCCGUAUCCUCACUCGCGAGUCUAAAAUUUCACCAAAAGUUGUGCGCUCGACCCGUACCUCCUCGUCUGUUCCGUCAAUGCUCCGGACACUAAAGACUGAAAAUCAUGUUUAAAGAGAAUAACCCGUUCUCUUCGUUCCGAAAAAAAAAAAAAAAAGGAAGUGAGGUCCGAAAGCCUCUGGUAUUUAU